GUGGUGUCUGGUCGUUAGAGGGCGCUGCUGUUCUCUCUCUCUCUGUUUAAAUACUAUAGUUGAAGUUUUGUCCCGUGACAACUGGCUGUGGAAUUCAGGACUAAACGUUAGUAGGAGGCCGACUCGGCCUUUCCCUGGCAGAUUACUGAUAAACAGCGAUGGACGGAGGGAGGCUGUGCUCGGGUCUGCUGAGUGCUCCGGGUGUUUUAUAGUGAAACACGCCUCGAGUUUCUGAAUCCUCCUCCGCAGUCAGAACAGCCCGACACGGCGGCGGCGGACCGCGGGGAGCUUCAGUGGAAAACCUUCUGAAAAUAAGCCCGAGAAUGGAGAUUGCUGUUUGUGUGUUUGAACUGUGCUCCAGAGCCGAGCACUGAAGAACCGCUGCUACGCCGAGCUGCCUUCUCUGAGCCCAGCCAGCCGGAGUCCUCAGGAUGGACGAACAGUCAAGUUGCCCCAACGUCAGCAUUCCCUGCCACAAUGAGCAGAGGGACAAGAAAAAACGCUACACUGUUUACAAAGUGAUGGUCAGUGUUGGAAGACAUGAGUGGUUUGUCUUCAGGAGAUAUACAGAAUUUGAUAAACUGUAUAAUACAUUGAAAAAACAAUAUCCUGCUUUGAAUUUGAAGAUACCAGCCAAGAGAAUAUUUGGUGACAACUUUGACCCAGAGUUUAUAAAGCAGAGAAGAACGGGGUUACAUGAAUUCAUCCAGAAAAUCGUGUCCCAUCCGCAGCUCAGCAACCACCCCGAUGUCCGAGACUUUCUGCAAAUGAACAAAUCAAAAUACUUCUCGGAUGCCUCAGAGGAUGAAGAGGAGAAGAAUAGCCCUACCUCUGGAAAUAUUAACCUGGGACCAUCUGCAAAUCCUCAUGCAAAACCGACUGAUUUUGACUUUCUUAAAGUCAUCGGUAAAGGGAGCUUCGGAAAGGUUCUCCUUGCAAAGAGGAAACGAGACGGGAAGUGUUAUGCAAUCAAAGUCUUGCAAAAAAAGGUCAUUUUAAACAGAAGAGAGCAAAAGCACAUCAUGGCUGAGCGCAAUGUGCUGUUGAAGAACGUGAAGCAUCCUUUCCUAGUAGGACUGCACUACUCAUUUCAGACAACAGACAAGUUGUACUUCGUUCUGGAUUUUGUCAAUGGAGGAGAACUUUUCUUUCACCUUCAAAAAGAGCGAACCUUUCCUGAAUCCAGGGCAAAGUUCUACAUUGCUGAGAUGGCCAGUGCACUGGGCUACCUGCACUGUCUAAACAUUGUUUACAGGGAUUUGAAACCAGAGAAUAUCUUGCUGGACUUCCAAGGGCAUAUAGUCUUGACAGAUUUCGGAUUGUGCAAGGAGGGGAUCUCUCAAGCAGACACAACCACCACAUUCUGUGGAACACCUGAGUAUCUGGCUCCAGAGGUACUAAGGAAACAGCCAUAUGACAACACUGUGGACUGGUGGUGUCUGGGCUCCGUGCUGUACGAGAUGCUCUAUGGCCUGCCUCCAUUCUACAGUAGGGACACACAUGAGAUGUAUGAAAACAUAUUGCACAAGGAGCUGCCAAUGAGGCCUGGUGCCUCUACAACUGCCUGGUCCAUCUUACAAGGUCUGCUGGAGAAAGACAACACCAGGAGGCUGGGGUACAGGGAUGACUUUAAUGAAGUCAAAAGCCAUGACUUUUUCUCCUCCAUUAACUGGGAUGACCUUGAGCAGAAAAAGAUCCCACCUCCAUUUAACCCCAGUGUGGAUUCACAGUACGACAUUUCCAACUUUGAUCCGGAAUUCACUGAAGAAACUGUUCCCAAUUCAGUGUGCAUUUCCACAGAGCACUCUAUAGUGAAUGCCAGUGUCAUGGAGGCAGAUGAUGCUUUUUUGGGGUUUUCUUAUGCUCCACCUUCAGAUGACUCUUUCUUGUAAAAAGGCCUAAGAAGUUAGGCUGCUGAAGCUAUCGGUGGUCGGUUGGAGUACUCUUAGAAGAGGCUUUGUCAUUCUUUUAGAUGAAAGGGAAGAAUAUGCCCAGCUGAGAAGCCCAACCUCUAAGGGGUUGCACACUUUUGUUGACAUAAAUUCACAGACAUUUUGUGAUGCAGGGUGUUUGAAAUCUUUAUUUUUAUCUUCAAACAACAGAUUUAUAUUUUGUAUGGAAUCUAUUUCCUUCCCUGAGAUAUAGCUCAGGUGUUGGUUUUGUUUUUUCUUUCCCAGUUUAUCUCCUACGGUGGCAGUUUUUCUGUCAGGGACUACUUUUUGCUUGAAAACACAAUGCCUUUGUCUUCUACAUUCCAUUUUAUAUGUUUGUUGACAUCCACUGUGUUUGACACAGAGUUUGUGCAGUUGUGACUGUGUAGUUUUGGUUCUGUAGAAAAAGAAAUGUAUUAUGGAAAAUAGUUACAGGCCUGUUCAUAUAUUACAACAUAUUUGAUUUUUUUUUUAACCAAAGAUGCCAUUUUUGUAAUGACCCCCAUGGCAUAAUGAUGUAACACUGAAUUAAAUUAAAAGGUUAACUAAUGGUGUAUUUGAAAAUAGUAAAAUAAAUAGAACUCUACUCCUG